AUGGCGGAAGAAGAGAAAUCAGUGCAAGAGGAGCUUUCACUUCCGAUUUUACUUGCUGACAGAGUCAUUAAAUCAGCCCAAGAAGCUGAAUCAUCCAAAGUGGAAUGUGCCGAACUGGCUCGUCACGCUACUCAGCUCAGCCAAUUCCUCCGAGCCACUGUUCGUCUCACCAGUUCGUCCCAAUCCCAGUCCCUCUACGACCGUCCCAUCCGCCGUAUAACUUCUGAAGUUACCAAAACUCUGGACCGGGCACUUACUCUUGUUCGCAAGUGUCGUCACAAGCCCAAUCUCCUCCGCCAUGUUCUCGCCAUCACUUCUACUGCAGACUUCCGGAAAGUCUCUACCCUUCUAGAAAAUUCCACGGCGGACGUCACGUGGCUGCUCUCCAUUUUCGACCCGGAUGCGGGCCCCACUCUUUCACUUCCCCCUAUUGCCAGCAACGACCCUAUUAUGGCUUGGGUUUGGUCUUACAUCGCUACUGUUCAAAUGGGUAAUCUCCAGUACCGAAUUGACGCUGCUCAGGAAUUAGCUAAUUUAGCACGCGAUAAUAACCGCAAUAAAAAAAUGAUUGUGGAAGAAAACGGAAUUCCGCCUCUACUGAAGCUACUGAAGGAAAGCAGUUCAGCAGCAGCACAAAUUGCUGCGGCAACUGCUUUGUACAACUUGGCUGACGAUGAGGAAAGAGUGAGAGCAAUAGCAAAUGAUCUUGGUGUUCAAAUUGUUGUAAAGGUGCUCGCUGAAGCGCCCAUGAGAGUUCAAAUUCACAUUGCGAAUUUGGUCUCAAGAAUGGCUGAUUUGGACGCAUACGCACAGGAAGAAUUUGGAAGAGAGAAUAUAACUAGGCCGUUGGUAACCCUUUUAGGAAUGGAUGUAGUUUUGGAUGAUAACAGAGAAUCACAGCCCCGUAAGACGCCUAGUUUACAUUCUUUAGUUCAGAUAAAUAAAGAGAUGGCUCGGAAUAAUUUUAGUUUUCAUUCUAAUUCAAUGGAUGGGAGUAGUAGAGGUGGACAUUAUGGUAAUAAGAAAGAGAAAGAUAGAGAAUUGGAGCCCCCUGAGGUGAAAGCUAAGCUUAAGGUAAGCUGUGCAAUGGCACUGUGGAAAUUGGCUAAAGGUAGUUUGUUAAAUACCAGGAAGAUUACUGAGGCUAAGGGUUUGCUUUGUUUGGCAAAGAUUAUUGAGAAGGAGAAAGGGGAUUUGCAGAUUAACUGUCUGAUGACAGUGAUGGAAUUGGCCGCAGUGGCAGAGUCUAAUGUUGAACUUAGACGAGUGGCGUUCAAGCCUACUUCACCUGCUGGAAAGGCGGUUAUUGAUCAGCUAUUAAGGGUGAUAAAUGAGGAAACCAGCGCCCCAUUGGUGAUUCCAGCUAUUAAGGCAAUUGGAUGUUUGGCUAGGACAUUUCCUGCAAAGGACACACGAAUCAUUGAGCUUAUAGUGGUUAAACUUGGGCAUAGAAAUACUGAUGUAGCUGUGGAAGCAUGUAUUGCUUUGGAGAAAUUCACAUGUCCGGACAAUUUUAAUCGCGUGGAGCAUUCAAAGGCAAUUGUUGAAUUCGAUGGAGUACCAAAGCUGAUGAAUUUGCUGAGGAGCAAUGACCGAGGCCAGGUACACGAGCUUCUAUUGCUCUGCUACCUUGCUUUACAUGUUGGUAACAGUAAGGCCCUUGAGCAAGCAAGAGCAUUAAGCUUCCUUGAGGGAGCUGCUCGUCAUGUAGUUUCUCAGCGUCCUGAUUUGAAGGAGUUGUUUGGCAAAGCGAUCCACCGUCUUACACUUUAUCAAGCUGGAGGUCAUACACAUAGACAAGCUUAA